UUCUGUCAACUGCAUCGGUCUAGGAUGUUUUCAAUGGCGUAUCUUCAUUGUCAGUGGACUGAUAAUGGUAAGCUAACUUAGUCAGUUUUAUGGUGGGUGGUUUUUGUCGACUGCAUCGGUCUAGGAUGUUUUCAGUGGCGUAUCUUCAUUGUCAGUGGACUGAUAACGGUAAGGCAGCUUAGCUAGUUUUAUGGUGGGUGGUUUCUGUCGACUGCAUUGGUCUAGGAUGUUUUCAGUGGCGUAUCUUCAUUGUCAGUGGACUGAUAACGGUAAGCUAACUUAGCUAGUUUUAUGAUGGGUGGUUUCUGUCGACUGCAUCGGUCUAGGAUGUUUUCAGUGGCGUAUCUUCAUUGUCAGUGGACUGAUAAUGGUAAGGCAGCUUAGCUAGUUUUAUGGUGGGUGGUUUCUGUCGACUGCAUCGGUCUAGGAUGUUUUCAGUGGUGUAUCUUCAUUGUCAGUGGACUGAUAAUGGUAAGGCAGCUUAGCUAGUUUUAUGGUGGGUGGUUUCUGUCGACUGCAUCGGUCUAGGAUGUUUUCAGUGGUGUAUCUUCAUUGUCAGUGGACUGAUAAUGGUAAGGCAGCUUAGCUAGUUUUAUGGUGGAUGGUUUCUGUGGACUGCAUCGGUCUAGGAUGUUUUCAGUGGCGUAUCUUCAUUGUCAGUGGACUGAUAACGGUAAGGCAGCUUAGCUAGUUUUAUGGUGGGUGGUUUCUGUGGACUGCAUUGGUCUAGGAUGUUUUCAGUGGCGUAUCUUCAUUGUCAGUGGACUGAUAACGGUAAGCUAACUUAGCUAGUUUUAUGGUGGGUGGUUUCUGUCGACUGCAUUGGUCUAGGGUGUUUUCAGUGGCGUAUCUUCAUUGUCAGUGGACUGAUAACGGUAAGCUAACUUAGCUAGUUUUAUUGUGGGUGGUUUCUGUCGACUGCAUCAGUCUAGGAUGUUUUCAGUGGCGUAUCUUCAUUGUCAGUGGACUGAUAACGGUAAGGCAGCUUAGCUAGUUUUAUGGUGGGUGGUUUCUGUCGACUGCAUCGGUCUAGGAUGUUUUCAGUGGCGUAUCUUCAUUGUCAGUGGACUUAUAACGGUAAGGCAGCUUAGCUAGUUUUAUGGUGGGUGGUUUCUGUCGACUGCAUCGGUCUAGGAUGUUUUCAGUGGUGUAUCUUCAUUGUCAGUGGACUGAUAAUGGUAAGGCAGCUUAGCUAGUUUUAUGGUGGAUGGUUUCUGUGGACUGCAUUGGUCUAAGAUGUUUUCAGUGGCGUAUCUUCAUUGUCAGUGGACUGAUAACGGUAAGCUAACUUAGCUAGUUUUAUGAUGGGUGGUUUCUGUCGACUGCAUCGGUCUAGGAUGUUUUCAGUGGUGUAUCUUCAUUGUCAGUGGACUGAUAAUGGUAAGGCAGCUUAGCUAGUUUUAUGGUGGGUGGUUUCUGUGGACUGCAUUGGUCUAGGAUGUUUUCAGUGGCGUAUCUUCAUUGUCAGUGGACUGAUAACGGUAAGCUAACUUAGCUAGUUUUAUGGUGGGUGGUUUCUGUCGACUGCAUUGGUCUAGGGUGUUUUCAGUGGCGUAUCUUCAUUGUCAGUGGACUGAUAACGGUAAGCUAACUUAGCUAGUUUUAUUGUGGGUGGUUCCUGUUGAAUGCAUCAGUCUAGGAUGUUUUCAGUGGCGUAUCUUCAUUGUCAGUGGACUGAUAACGGUAAGGCAGCUUAGCUAGUUUUAUGGUGGGUGGUUUCUGUCGACUGCAUCGGUCUAGGAUGUUUUCAGUGGCGUAUCUUCAUUGUCAGUGGACUUAUAAUGGUAAGGCAGCUUAGCUAGUUUUAUGGUGGGUGGUUUCUGUCGACUGCAUCGGUCUAGGAUGUUUUCAGUGGCGUAUCUUCAUUGUCAGUGGACUUAUAACGGUAAGGCAGCUUAGCUAGUUUUAUGGUGGGUGGUUUCUGUCGACUGCAUCGGUCUAGGAUGUUUUCAGUGGCGUAUCUUCAUUGUCAGUGGACUGAUAACAGCAGCAGAUGCUUUGGAAAUGCUGUUACUUGCAGUAUUGUCUCCAGUUCUGAGAUGUUCAUUUGGUCUCACAGACUUCCAGGUGGCACUCAUUACCACAGUUGUCUUCUGCGGAAUGGGUACCUUUGCACCGAUCUGGGGAAUCGUAGGGGACAAGAUAGGACGUAAAAGUACACUGGUUAAUGUAACACUAUGUAUUGGGUAUUUCGGAUUGCUCACCGCAGCCUCUCCCAACUAUAUCUGGAUUCUUAUCCUGCGUGGAAUGGUUGGAGUGGGGAUGGGUGGCAGUCCACAAGGUUUCACUCUGUUGGCAGAGUACUUACCAUCCAAAAACCGGGCAAAAGUUCUCAUAUUUUCUCAGAUUUUCUGGGCGGCUGGUUCUAUGUUUGAGAUUCUGCUUGCUGCUCUUGUGAUACCGACUAUCGGGUGGCGAUGGCUGCUCGCAUUUUCAGCCAUUCCUGUUUUGACGGUGGUCCCACUACUUUGGUUCAUUCCAGAGAGUGCCCGAUACCUGGUGGCUACGGGACAGUAUGACAAAGCUCUGCGGAACCUAAAUUAUGCUGCCAAGGUCAACAAGUCUAAACUGCCGGAGGGAAGACUUGUCAAGUCCCAAGUUCAGACAGAAACGGGAAGAGUGCGAGACCUGUUUAGCAGGGAGUAUUUGCGUAGCACGCUACAGCUGUGGAUGCUGUGGUUUGGAACAGCAUUCGCCUACUACGGGAUGGUGCUAGCCAGUGCGGAAAUACUCAGGGUAGAAAAUGAGAAAAAUAGCCAUUCUUGUAAGUGCAAUUACUUAACCUCCGAAGACUAUAAAACUAUGAUAAUAUCAACUCUUGGAGAAUUCAUAUGUCUUCCUGUCAACAUGUUGCUUAUAGACUGCAUAGGUCGGAGACUGACAGGUUCGUUGAACUUGGCUGGGACUGGUAUAUUCUUCUUAUUGCUGCAGCUGUCCGUACCAAGAUGGCUUCUGACCACCUUCAUGUUCGCCGUGAGAGGGUUCUCUUCAGCUACCUUCAACUGGAUUUACAUAUAUUCAUCAGAGGUGUACCCUACCUCUGUGCGUACUGUUGGCAUGGGCAUGGCGUCUGCAUGGGCUCGUGUGGGAGCUAUGAUUACACCAUUCGUAGCCCAGGUUGUGUUAGCAGCAUCAGUGACGGCCGCCACCUGGGUGUACGGUUUGAUUUGUCUGUCGUGUGCAGCUGUUGCUUUCUUUCUGCCUAUAGAAACAAAAGGAAGACCUAUGCCACAAACUGUAGUGUACGACUCGUUCCAAUGAUAUGAGUGAAGAUCAGGAGCAAGACAAUCUCUCACACACUGCAGUUUUAGCUGGACCUAACACACACCGCUAGCGGUCAGAGGACUGGCUAGAAAACACAGCAAAACAAAGUUUCUAUAACACUAAGGACAAUUAAACACAUUGGACUGAAUUUACGAAGCCUGUGUUUCUGAAAUGUAAAUGUAUGUAGUUACAGGCUUUGUAAAUUCAGUACGCUGUGUCUACAUUUACAUGGGCUGGGAUAUGGCUCAGUGGUAAGGCACUCCGGGCUUUUGAUCUGAUUAAUUUGAGCACAAUAGGCUUUUUAAAGGGACAGACCCCAGUUUCAGCCCAUGAAAAUGCACACUAAGUUUAGUUAAUCUACAAACCUGUAACACAUUUGGAUAAAGUUACAAUUGACUGAAACAUGAGUCUGUGACUUUGAAAUGGUGAAAUAGCCUCUAAAAAUAGACUAAAACUCGACUCCAUAACUGUUACUUCUCAGACGCAUGUGCGUUUUUAAAAAUAUGAGAAAUGCCUUUUGUGAUAUUAAAAUCAUCAGCAUGAUCUAAAAACACUCCAAAUGUAUGGAAAUGAAUAAUCUAAACGAUAAAAUCUAAGUAAAGUAUGAUAUCAUUUAUCAAAAAUGGCUCUAAUAGUCAAAACCAUGCCUUAGUGUUUAAAAACUAGGGUAUGUCCCUUUAAUGCAAUUAAUGUUAAUAAUAAGUAGUAAAGAGUUGUACAUAAUCAGAAAUGCAUUUCACGUUAUUUUAAUCUAAUUACAGCUUAACAUUCCAUUGAAACUGAGGGAAAAUGUUUUAAGGUUAUCAUGUUUCUACUUUAAUUUCGACACAUUUAUUUUGGUAUACUUAUUUUAGGCUCAACCUUUAUCACCUCAACUUUGGUGCAAUCUAAAGCCCUGAGCACUCACUUGAUGUGUAAUGCAUCACAGGAUCAUAUAAAUAAAAAAAGGGACGGGACGUAGCCCCGUGGUAAAGCGCUCGCUCGAUGUGUGGUCAG